AUGAGCUCCCGCCCUCGCGAUUAUCGUGAAGCUUCAAAUUGUAAGACAAACGCAUUAACAUAUUUAUUUAUUUAUUUAUUUAUAUCAGGACAAGAGCGCUUUCGCACGAUUACCAGCGCUUAUUAUCGAGGGGCAGACGGCAUCGUCUUAGUUUACGAUAUUACAGAAGCAGAUUCUUUUGCUCAUGUUGAUGAGUGGCUAGCUGAAGUUAACAGAUAUGCAACAGAAAAUACUGUUAAAAUUUUGGUAGGCAACAAAAGCGAGAAAGACAGCGACCGCGCCGUUGAUGCAGAAGAUGCGAGG